UGCAACGCCAGUACCAGGGUAAAAAUAGGAUAUUUGCUGUCUGCCUGACUGUCCGAUGGUUCCCUGAGAGAGAGUAUCGGCUCAUCAGCACAUUCAGAAGGGUGUAGACAUUACAGAGAUAUUGUCGGAUGAAGACGAUGAUGACAUUCAACUAAUCGGUCUUGUUUUCUACGUUAUUGGUGGAUGUACAUGAUAGGAAUUCGUUAUGUGCUAACCCUAGCUCGCUAACUAGCACAUAGAAACUGCUUCAAGCUAACGUCACUGGUACUCGAAGUAGCCUUAAAGACUACAACAAUGUUUGUGCAAGAAGAAAAGAUUUUUGCUGGGAAGGUGUUGAAAAUACACAUCUGCACUAUGGACGGCACAGAAUGGUUAGAAGAGGUCACAGAAGAUACCACUAUUGAGAAGUUAAAGGAGAAGUGCUUGAAACAUUAUGUACAUGGCAGCCUAGAGGACCCCAAAACUCUUACUCAUCAUAAACUGAUCCAUGCUGCUACAGAAAGAGUUCUAACUGACACCAAAACUGUCGCUGAUGAAAAUCUAAAAGAUAAAGACAUUUUACUGCUUAUUAAGAAGAGACCACCACCGACUGCUCCAAAGAUGGCAGAUGUUAGUGCAGAAGAAAAGAAAAAACAAGAUAAUAAGGCUCCUGAUAAAGAUGCAAUCCAAAAAGCUACAGCCAGUCUGUCAACACACCACACUGAUCGCACAGUCACUCAGCAUAAUAUCAGAGAUUUUCAGACAGAACUUCGAAAAAUCUUGGUUUCUCUUAUUGAAGUAGCUCAAAAACUUCUUGCCCUGAAUCCGGAUGCUGUUGAACUCUUUAAAAAAGCCAAUGCAAUGUUGGAUGAAGAUGAGGAGGAUCGAGUUGAUGAAAUGGCUCUUCAGCAGCUCACAGAGAUGGGGUUCGCAGAGAGUAGAGCCAUCAAAGCCCUCCGAUUGAAUCACAUGUCUGUGACCCAAGCCAUGGAGUGGCUGAUUGAACAUGUAGAUGACCCUACUGUAGACACACCUCUUCCUGGUCAAGAUUCUUCUGCUGCAGCGGGGGCUACCGCUGCUGCCUCCGCAGGGUCUUCAGCCUCAGCCUCCGCCUCCAAUUUUCUGCGUAGUCUUUCUAGCCAAUCAAGUACAGAAGAAAGCAGCCGUCAGGAUGAACUCACAGAGAUCUUUAAGAGGAUCAGAAGGAAAAGAGAAUUCCGACCUGACUCUAGAGCUGUUAUUGCACUGAUGGAGAUGGGUUUUGAUGAGAAGGAAGUUAUCGAUGCGUUAAGGGUUAAUAACAACCAGCAGGAUGCUGCAUGUGAGUGGUUGCUGGGAGAUAGGAAGCCAUCCCCUGAAGACCUGGACAAAGGCAUUGAUACCAACAGCCCAUUGUUUCAAGCCAUUUUAGAGAAUCCAGUUGUGCAACUGGGCCUUACAAAUCCUAAAACAUUGUUAGCGUUUGAGGACAUGUUAGAGAAUCCUCUGAACAGCACCCAGUGGAUGAAUGACCCAGAAACUGGCCCUGUCAUGCUCCAAAUCUCCAGAAUCUUCCAGACGCUGAACCGCACAUAGCUGUAGCCGUGUGACUGUGGCAGCCUGAAAGUGUGAGUGAGUGUGUUUUGAUGUUGGGCAAAGUUCUAGUCAAGAAGUAAUAGUAUCAAAUAUGUUACACAUAAUACUAUUUAUAAUACAUAUACAUACAGUUCAAAGAAAAUGUAAAGAUACAUGAAAUUAUAAUGACAUUAUUUAAAAAGGAAGUGUGUCUUUUUUAUAUUUAAUAAGAACAAUUUAUAGUUCAACCAAACAUGGUUUAUUAUAUAAUUUCUGUGGUAAAUUGACAUCAAACAUCCUAUUAAUGUUUACACUUCAAAACUCUUUUUGUAUGUUAUCCUUUUGCAAUAUUUAAAUAUCAAAUACAAUUUGUCUUGUUAAGCUAUUAUGUUUUAUUAGUGUGAAUGUGAGAUUUUUCAAGGGUGUUUGUUUCUUUGCUUGUUCUGUCUUAUUCUAGUGAAAGUAGACAGAGGUCCUAGCGCUGUGCUUUUUAAGUUCAAAGUUUUACACAAUACCUCUUUCUGCAGUUGACUGUGAGAGGCAUUCUCUGAGGUACUGUAAUGAGCCACCUCUCACUUUAUGCUCACAAUGUCCUUUAGCUUAUUUUAAAAUAUUUAUUUAACGUUUCUUGCCUUUUAGAGGAAAUCCGUACUCUAUACUGUGUCUUAGUGUUUUUACAAAAAAAACUAUACUUGGCCUGUGUGUUUCUUGUUGGUGUACUUUUGAAUGUCAUAACAUGAUGUUGUCCUUUCUGAGCACUUGUCCACAUGUAUAACAUGUAUAACAUCACUUACUACAGUUUUGAGGAAGAGAUUUGGCUUUUGCCUCAAAUGCUACAGUUUGAGAUGUUCAUUGAAUCUGAGCCUAAUCAAAAGGUGUUUGCCUUUAACUUGGAAUGAGUAAUUAUAUACUUGUGUAAAAGGAGAUCAGCAUGAUAUAAAAUAAUUAAAUUGUUUCCAAUCUUUUGGUUACAUGUUUUAGUCAGAAGAACACUAUGCUGUCAAACCAAAUCAUAUAUCACUGUUAAACUUGCCUUUACUUUGGAUAGAACUUUUUUCUUCUCUGUGCAAUAUAUAAAGAAUUUGUGUUACCUAUCAAGUAAUAUAAUAUAUCUUUGUGUCAGAGUUGUGUGAACUGCCAUAGGUAGUGGAUUUACAUACACUGUUUAAGCCUUUGAGUCAAAAUCUCCAGAACAAUCGCUUUUCUGAAUUCAGAACAAUAUGAAGGUUUGUGUGUGAUGCUUUUGAGUUUUUCAUUGUUUUUCUGCUCAGGGAGAGUGGGGUAGAUUGUUUUGCAAACUUUGCUCACCCCCGUAAAGUUUGAUGUUAAAAUUGCUUUAAUCACUCUGUAUAACUGCAUAUUUCCUUUUAGGCUGGUACAUGUAGAAGGGAAAUAAGGAGGAAAAAUACUAAUGCAAAUCUAAUCAAAGUAAAAAUGAACGGUAUUGGUAUAAAAAUUAAUGAAUGUGAAAAUGUCCUUAAAUUUGUUUAUUAUACUAAAUUUAUUUUGUGACUGUUAGAGUGGUAUAAAAGAGUAGUCAAUGAGCUUUACCAUGCAUAAAUCUAGAAACCUGUAUGUAGAGAGUGCCUGUUCUUGAUGAAAAUCAACUUAAGUCUCAUUCCAGUCAUUUUGAUCUCUGAAGUAAUUUUCCCCUACAUCUCUUGAUGCAGAAAUGUACAGAACAAAAAACUAUGCAAUAACAGUGUUUUAAGUACUGGUAACUGAUUCACUCGCACAUUAAAAGGUUUGCAGUGGG